UCCUUAUUCAAAAAGAAGCAUUCUUUCGGCUUGUGACCGGGAUUAAACCAUUUGAACUGUAUUAUUGGCUAAUGUUAAUUAUUGUGAAAUUGUUCAAGCUCAACAGUAAAAAAUCGUAAAUUUAUUCUGACAGUUCUUUCAUUUCGAGUGUGGUAGUAUUGUAAUAGAUUCUCUUUUCGACUCUCAGCCAGCAAUUAGCUCAGCACACAUUAAAAGUGCAUUUCGGCCGCUAGUUGGGUUCGCUCGUCCCGUUUCGAAGGAAGUGUUUUUUCGUGUUCGGAACGCACGAAAUUGGUGGAUCCUCCUAAACUGUGCAGUGUUCAGAAGUUUCUUGUUCUUCCUGUCUUUCAGCUACUCGGAACACAGUGAAAAACAUUGCUUAUGUGAUUAGGAGUGUCUGUGCCAGUUUUUCCAAACAAAUAUCUUAACUUUUGGGCAGGACUAAUGGCCCUAGGAACAGAGGAAUCGGCACCGAUUUUGACUGCGGCCAAAAGUGCACCUCCCGCUAGCAGCACGGAAUCGAAGAAAAAAGGCAAUGGCAAAAAGCAAAAGAAAGAUAAGGAAUCGACACCUCCGGUCACGGUGAAUGGAAAGACGAAGGAAGCGCUAGUCAACGGCCAUGGUGCAACUGAGAACGGUCUAAACGGACACGUUUCUGAAUCGGAACAGAAUAGCAAAGACAGUGCCAGUAGCGGUGAGAAGAAGAAACCCGAUUCUGAUGUGAUGGACAUUAUUCAGGAUACUGGAUUUACGGUACAGAUUCUCUCGCCGGGAGUAGAAUCUUUAUCGAUUCAGGUAUCCAGCAUGGAAUUGGUACAGGAGAUCCAUCAAUUAUUGAUGGACCGAGAAGAUACCUGCCAUCGGACUUGUUUUUCACUACAAUUGGAUGGAGUUACGCUGGACAAUUUUGCCGAAUUAAAAAAUAUUGAGGGAUUGAAAGAUGGAUCAGUUAUCAAGGUUGUGGAAGAGCCCUAUACUAUGCGUGAGGCAAGAAUUCACGUGCGUCAUGUACGAGAUUUAUUGAAAUCGAUGGAUCCAGCAGAUGCAUACAAUGGAGUGGAUUGUAGUUCCUUGACAUUUCUACAUACUCUUACGCAAGGCGAUAUAUUGGAAAAGAAAAAGGGACGUUCGGACAGUGUGGAUUGUACUCCACCCGAGCAUAUCAUGCCAGGGGCAAAGGAAAGGCCGCUACUUCCUCUGCAACCGGGCGUAGGCAGAAAGGGACCACAACCGCUGAAGGUGCUAACCACAUCCGCUUGGAAUCCUCCACCUGGUCCAAGGAAGCUACACGGGGAUUUGAUGUACCUUUAUGUAGCAACGAUGGAGGAUAAGCGGUUCCACAUUUCAGCAUGCCCUCGUGGAUUCUUUAUUAAUCAAUCCACGGAUGACACUUUCGAUCCUCGUCCAAGCAAUCCCAGCUAUCUGUGCCACUCGUUGAUCGAUAUGCUGUCGCAGAUAUCACCCACGUUCCGGCGUUGUUUUGCGCAGAUGCAAAAAAAGCGAACUCAACGACACCCCUUUGAGCGAGUCGCGACUCCAUAUCAGAUCUACACAUGGUCAGCUCCAGCCCUGGAGCACACGAUCGAUGCCAUUCGGGCCGAGGAUACAUUCUCUUCUAAGUUAGGUUAUGAGGAACAUAUUCCUGGCCAAACCAGAGACUGGAAUGAGGAACUUCAAACGACGCGGGAACUACCUAGGGAAACCCUACCUGAGCGAUUGUUACGUGAGCGUGCCAUAUUUAAGGUUCAUAGUGAUUUUGUUACAGCGGCUACUCGCGGUGCGAUGGCCGUCAUCGAUGGGAAUGUGAUGGCAAUCAAUCCCGGAGAAGACGCAAAAAUGCAGAUGUUCAUUUGGAAUAAUAUUUUCUUUUCACUUGGGUUCGAUGUUCGAGAUCACUACAAAGAGCUAGGCGGGGAUGCUGCGGCUUUUGUUGCUCCGAGAAAUGAUUUACAUGGAGUUCGUGUUUACUCGGCGGUCGAUGUCGAAGGCCUGUAUACAUUAGGAACGGUUGUUAUAGACUAUCGAGGGUAUCGUGUCACCGCUCAAUCGAUUAUACCUGGUAUCUUGGAGCGUGAACAGGAGCAAUCCGUUGUGUAUGGCUCUAUAGAUUUUGGAAAGACUGUGUUAUCGCAUGAAAAGUAUUUGGAAUUGCUGAACAAUGCUGGGAAGCAUCUAAAAAUACUGCCACACAGUGUCUUAAAUGAUAAAGACGAAGAAAUUAAGUUGUGUUCCUCGGUUGAGUGUAAGGGUAUUAUUGGAAAUGACGGUCGACAUUAUAUUCUGGAUUUGUUGCGUACUUUCCCGCCAGAUGUAAAUUUUCUAAAAUUAGACGAGGAGCUGAGUGCAGAUAGUAAGGCGCUUGGAUUCCCGAUCGAACACAAACACAAACUGAGCUGUCUGCGACAGGAGCUAUUGGACGCCUUUGUUGAGAGUCGCUAUUUGAUGUUUAUCAAACACGCCGCCUUUCAACUACAGCAAUUGAAUACGGCUAAGCGUCAGCAAAAAGACGUAAAGGAGGACGAAAAUAAGGAAGAUACUAAGGCGAUUGAGCAUGUGUCAGCUAAGGAAGAUACCCAAACUACAGUAGAAUCCAAUAAUAACAAUUCGAAAGAAGAGACGAAGAAGGAAAUAUCAGUUGAAACUCUAAAAGAAAAACCCACUGGAUUGCCGAAGGUAGAAACAGAAGAAGCCAAAAAAUUAAUGGAAACGCUUUUGUCUAGCGAUGAGAAGAACGAAAGCAAAGAAGUGGUCAAACGGGCUUGCGAAGCAGUUGGUUCACUUAAGGAGUAUGAGUUUGACAUCCGCUACAAUCCAGACGUGUACUCACCGGGAAUAAAACACGUAGAUAAUCCGAGUGCCGCUAACUCGCUAAAGAAACAGAAGCAACUCGUCAAGGACGCCGCGGAGUUUCUCGUAAAACACCAAAUCCCCAGCUUUGUUCAUGACUGUUUGGACCACACUGCAGCUCCAAUGGACGGCACGACGCUGACAGAGACUCUGCAUAGUCGCGGUAUUAACGUUCGUUAUCUGGGAAAAGUGGCCAAUCUGCUGGCAAAAAUCAAGCAGCUCGAAUACCUCCACACGAUUGCCGUUUCGGAGUUAAUUAUUCGUGCCGCCAAACACAUUUUCAUCACUUACAUGCAGAGCACCGAAAUGAUGAGUAUGGCUUCGGCCAUUAGCCAUUUCUUAAACUGCUUCUUAACCUCGACCACCGCAGUGUUUCACGCUUCCGAAUCAGAUCCACUAACAAAAUCCGGUUCGAAUAGCAAGCAGCAACGUCGACAGAAUAAGCGGUCCACUGGUGGCAAGGGAGGCAAAUCCUCAUUCCAGUGCACACAAGACAAUAACGAUUGGCAACAGCUGACCCCGAAAUCCCUUUGGACACAAAUUCAGCAGGAGCUCAAAUCCUACUGGGACUACGACCUGCUCCCGGUCAACUCACACGAUUCUUCUGAUCCGAUAGUUGCACAUUAUCGGUUGCAAAAGAUUAGUCUGCUGCGUGCAUUUUGUCUUAAGACUGGCGUUCAAAUUCUUCUUCGCGAGUACAACUUCGAGAUGAAGAACAAACCGACUUUUGGUGAGAACGAUAUCGUCAAUGUUUUUCCGGUGGUGAAGCAUAUUAAUCCGCGGGCAUCGGAUGCGUAUAAUUUCUACACCACCGGGCAAACCAAAAUACAGCAGGGUUACUUCAAGGACGGAUACGAUCUCAUCAGUGAGGCACUGAAUCUGUUGAAUAAUGUUUACGGAGCAAUGCAUCCGGAAAAUGCUCAGUGCUUGAGAAUGUUAGCUCGACUCAGCUACAUUAUGGGUGAUCCUCAAGAAGCACUAGCCAUUCAGCAGCGGGCGGUACUAAUGAGCGAACGGGUGAAUGGCAUUGACCAUCCUUACACAAUCGCUGAAUAUGCUCCUCUCGCAUUGUACUGUUUUGCCAACAGUCAGAUCAGUACUGCCCUCAAACUGUUGUACCGUGCCAGAUAUCUCGCCACGAUCGUGUGCGGAGAGAAUCACCCUGACAUCGCCAUGCUGGAUAGUAACAUCAGUUUGAUUCUUCACGCUGUUGGAGAGUACGAACUGUCGCUGCGCUUCCUUGAGCAUGCUUUGGCACUGAAUAUUAAGUACUACGGCGAAAAAUCACUCAAAGUAGCCGUUAGUUACCAUCUGGUAGCACGAACCCAGAGCUGUAUGGGUGAUUUCCGGUCGGCGUUGAACAACGAGAAGGAAACAUACGCUAUCUACAAACAACAGCUGGGUGAGACCCACGAGAAGACACAGGAAUCAUCCGAGUGUCUGCGUCAUCUGACUCAACAGGCGGUUGUGUUGCAGAAAAAGAUGAACGACAUCUACUCCAACGGCAAGCUUACUAGCGGUCUACCGCCAAUUCACAUUCAACCACCCUCGAUGGGCUCGGUGCUUGACAUGUUAAAUGCAAUCAACGGUAUUAUCUUCGUACAAAUUAGCUCCAAAGAGAUUGCCAACCUGAAGAACGAAAUCGAGAAACGACAGAAGGACGGUGGCGUCCCAGAGUCAACUGUCGUGCAAGCUAACAAAGAGGACGUAGAUCGAAUGCUGACCGAUACAAUGGCUAAGACUGCUGCCGGGAUUCCGUUCGAGGAACAUGACAAGCACGAUGUGCCUGUCAUUUCCGAAUCUGGUGGUCGACAAGAGGACAAGAGCACUGAACAGCAACCAGCAGCAAGCUGAAACAAAUGCAUGCAUUACCUCGCUCGGCAGUGAAUUAUUUCGUUCAUUAACCGAUUCAUUACUAACAAUAUUGCUGAACUUCAAACAUCAUCAAACGAGGAAAAUUUAUUCUUGAGUUGUUAGACUUCGUUUGUUACUUUGCUAAAUGUUUUGCUAUUAUAGGCAGAGUGGUUAGAAAUUAAUAGUAGACAGCUGGACAGACGUUAGAUAGAUUUUUUUUGCAACAGGAUUUAAGCUUUCUUCCUAGGCAACAGCUUAAUCAACUCUCCCAUCAAGCAUUGCACUUUUCUAAAGAUCAGUAAUCAAGAGCUUAAUACGCACAUAAUUCGAAAUUGCAAUGUUUUUUUUAUAUUCUCCUUGUUUUUUUUAUAAAGGAGUAAACAAGUAAUUCAACAUAUAGAAAGGUAAACCGUAGAAAUUAGAAAUCGAAUCAAACUCGCGGAGUCCCGUGCAAUGAAAACAUCAACAUCUUUAUAAAAGAGAAAAAUGUAAUUGGAACUUCACACAAGCCAUCGAAUCUGUAAGACCCUUUAAAACCCGCUCUAGUCAGCGCUCCAAACUUUUACCUUUCCCAUACCGAUAGCUCUGAAUUAUCCACCGUUAGGAAAUGUAAACACAUAAUGCUUUCUUACUGGACGAACUUAAAGUAGGGAGCGAGCAUAAAGAUGAUACAUCGCAUAAAAAUAAA